GUUCGCGACAGCGGCGUUCACGCGCAUUCUCAGUGCGAUGGGAGUCCUGUGAGGAUGGACACACGGCGAAUCCUGCGACUCUUGACCGUUUUAUCAGGACUGAACGGAGCGUGUGAAGCUCUGUUCUGUAACUGCACCACACCACAGUGUGUGAAGGAUGGGUAUAAGUGCGAGACCAAGGGUGCGUGUGUGGCCUCCACCUCAGUCUUUGAAGGACAGGAGCAGCAUGUGCGGUUCUGCAUCCAGAAAGAGGACCUGGUUCCUCCGGGCCAGCCGUUCUACUGCCUCAGCGCAGAGGGACUGCUGAACACUCACUGUUGCUACUCUGAUUACUGCAACAGCAUCGACCUCAAACUACCAACCGUGACAAACGCACCGGGUUCAGGGCAGGACUGGGGGCCGGUGGAGCUCACUGCAGUGGUGGCGGGGCCGGUCUUUGUGCUGGUUCUGCUGGGUCUCUUUCUGUUCCAGCGCCGCCAGCGGGCCUACGGUCACCGGCAGAGACUGGAGGUAGAGGAUCCCAGCACUGAACACAUGUUCCUGGCCAAGGACAAGACCUUACAGGACCUCAUCUACGACCUCUCCACUUCAGGAUCUGGGUCUGGUCUGCCGCUGUUUGUCCAGAGGACAGUGGCUCGUACCAUAGUGCUGCAGGAGAUCAUCGGUAAAGGCCGCUUUGGGGAGGUGUGGAGGGGGAAGUGGAGAGGAGGAGACGUCGCCGUGAAGAUCUUCUCCUCUCGUGAGGAGCGCUCCUGGUUUCGUGAAGCUGAAAUCUACCAGACCAUCAUGCUCCGCCACGAGAACAUCCUGGGCUUCAUUGCUGCCGACAACAAAGAUAAUGGCACAUGGACUCAGUUGUGGUUGGUGUCAGACUAUCAUGAGAAUGGAUCCCUGUUUGACUAUCUGAACCGAUAUUCAGUCACCAUCGAGGGCAUGAUUAAACUAGCACUGUCGGCUGCCAGCGGCCUGGCGCAUCUGCACAUGGAGAUACUGGGCACUCAGGGUAAGCCUGGCAUCGCUCACCGUGACCUGAAGUCCAAGAACAUCCUGGUGAAGAAAAACUGCACGUGUGCAAUCGCUGAUCUCGGCCUGGCUGUUCGUCACGAGUCCAUCACUGACACCAUCGAUAUCGCCCCCAACCAGCGCGUCGGCACUAAGAGGUACAUGGCACCUGAGGUUCUGGAAGAGACUAUUAACAUGCGUCACUUCGACUCGUUUAAAUGCGCUGACAUCUACGCUCUGGGACUCGUGUACUGGGAAAUCGCUCGCCGCUGCAAUGCUGGAGGUAUUCAUGAAGAGUACCAGCUGCCCUACUAUGACCUGGUGCCCUCUGACCCAUCCAUAGAGGAGAUGAGGAAAGUGGUGUGUGAUCAGAGGUUACGACCCAACAUCCCCAACUGGUGGCAGAGCUAUGAGGUGAGAGAGAGAGUUCCUCUGCAGCUACUAAACUGUAUCUCCUGUGUUUGGGAUGGUCGUGUGUCAUCUCUAUCAAUCCUUUUUCUGGAACACCUUGUGGCUUAUUGA